AUGCUAACACGAAAGCACUCGUCAAGAAGCAAACAGGAGAGAAUAAUAUACACGAGGGGUAAAAAAGUGAUAGAGGCCAAAGAAAAAGCGGUUCUAAGCAGAAAGGUGGUGGGAAACCUGCAGAAGGUGGGAAACCGUCGGAGAGCAACGAGUGACAGCACAGACCUGUGUGCGGACUCUCUCCUCGCAAUCAGGCCUCCCUGGGUCAGACGGGAAGGUUUCCCUUCCGGAGCAGAGACACCAGGCCUCACUCGAGGAGCUCCACUUGAAGCCGCGGUGAGCGUGAGCCUGAGUGUGAUCACAGCACAGGGUGUCGCCGGCCUCUCCCCCCUCAACUCCCAGAAGGUGACAGCUAUCCUAAACAAGUCCCUUAAGAAACGGGACGAUUUCUUUCCACCCAAGAUUUCUUCCUGCUUGGAAACCUUGGAGGUCUUUGAACAGGUGUUGUGCCGCAGCGAGGCCCCCGUCCCUGUGCAGAAACGCUGGGACCUGCCAAUAGGAACAUCUCUGUCCAGGGCCACUCCCGAACCUGCAGCAACACUCCCUGUCAAGUGCACUCAGUGCUCUCAGACAUCCCUGUGUGACUCAGUCAUGAUUCAUGAGGGAAGGUCAAUCUUGGGGACCAAGUCAACCAAGCUAAUUUCUCCUCUGUCACAGAGGUUGCUGCUGGGCUUCUCCAACCUCGGAGAAAUCCAACUCAUCCUCUUUGCUGUAUUUCUGUGCCUGUAUCUGAUCGUUCUCAGUGGGAACAUCACCAUUGUCACUGUCGUAUGCCUGGCUCGCAGCUUCCACGUACCUAUGUGCUUCUUCCUGGGGAUCCUUCCCAUCUCUGAGACAUGCUACACUCUGGUCAUCCUGCCCAAGAUGCUCAUAAAUCUGUUGUCCCCGCUCAGAACAACCUCAUUUGUCGACGGUGCCACUCGGAUGCUUUCCUUCUUUGGUUUUGCUGUCACUAAUUGCAUGCGGCUGGGGGUCAUGGGUUAUGACCACUAUGCUGCCAUCUGUCAUCCACUUCGGUACCCUAUCCUCAUGAGCUGGCACAUAUGCGGACAGCUGGUGGCCACUUGUGCUGUGAUUGGCUUUUUCUCACUGAUAGGCUCCCUCUUAGUCUUUGAACUCCCUUUCUGUGGCCCCAAUAAGAUCAACCACUGGUUCUGCGACAUCUUGUCAGUUAUCCAACUUGCAUGUACUGAAACCUACAUCCAUGAGCUGAUCAUCCUCAUUGGUGGGGUCCCAACACUCAUGAUCUCCCUGACUUUUUUCUGCAUCUCGUAUGGCUUCAUUGUCCACACCAUCUUGAAGAUCCCAUCCACUGACGGCAAGCGGAAAGCCCUCCCCACCUGUGCCUCCCACCUCACUGUGGUCAUCGUCCACCAUGGCCGUGCCUCCCCUGUCUACCUGCGGCCUUCAGCCAAGUUCUCAUCCAGCAAAGACAGGCUUGCGACAGUGGCCUACACAGUUGUGACUCCGCUGUUGAACCCCGUGGUGUAUAGCCUCAGAAACAAGGCUGUCGAGAUGGCCGUUUGGAAAGUGAUUGGCCGAAGAGAAUUUUAUCCUAAAGCUUUGAACUGCAGUUUUCAGACAUCGGGCAACAAGAAGUGUAACGUCCCCCGAGAGUGGAGGAGUGAACGAUUUCGCCUCCGUGUGACCGGCCACAGGGUCCAGAGUGUGAAACGCAGAACCCGGACCCCAAUCACAGGCCCCCAAGGGAAAGCCUAA